UACUUACAUUUUCUUUUUUUCUUAUUAGGCAAUGCUGGAUGUUACAGCACAUCAUGGCUGGCUGGUGGCUGCUCUGAAUAUAACCAACCUGGUGCAGAUGGUAGUUCAGGGCAGAUGGGUACACGACUCUUCCCUGCUUACUGUGCCCAAUAUAGAAGUACAACACCUUUAUCUUUUUCAGAAGUGGAGCCAAGGAAAAAGGAAGAGUUUGCAUGGAGGUUACCAAGGUCCUAUCGAGUGUCUUCCUGAACUUAUGGCUGCCUGUGAAGGAAAAGAAAAUGUGUUUGCUUCAAUUGUGGACAAUGAAUUGCAAACAGCACACAUUUCACAGGCUUGGAAUUUCUUGUCCCGCUUGCCAAUUCUGAACGUUAGCCUGAGCAUUAAGGGCUGUUGGGAUGACCCAGCUCAGCCACAGAAUGAAGUGCCUGUUCCCUCUUUGACAACAGACACACGAGAUGACAAAAGAUGGAUCAAAUUACAUGCUGAUCAAGAAUAUGUGCUCCAGAUACAUCUGCAGAGAACCCAGAUGGGGUAUCAGGGAAAGCAAGACAGUAAAGCAGUAGCUCCUCGAUUCCCUAAAGUUAAAGAUGAAGGAUGGUUUUUAAUCUUGGGAGAAGUUGACAAAAAAGAACUCAUCGCUCUGAAGAGAACUGGAUAUGUCAGAAAUAGAAAUACUGUCUCUGUUGCUUUUUACACUCCAGAGACCCCUGGAAAGUGUAUUUACACGUUGUAUGUCAUGAGCGACAGUUAUCUUGGCAUGGACCAACAGUAUGAUAUUUACCUGAAUAUUAUACCAGCUAGUACUUCAGCACAAGCCACAACAGAGGUGUCUGAUGCUAUGAGUUAUCUGACUUUGAAGUAAGGUGAUCUGAAAAAUCUGUUUAAAAGAACUUAUCUUUUUCCCAACAUAUCUAGUCAUUUUGGACACCCAAAAAGUGAGUUUGCCUUAGUGGAACAAAACUUCUAACCUCAAGACAACUCAAAAAUUGAAAGUGACUACUGUAUUGACUCUGGUAACACAGAGUUAGCCACAGUGGCCUUACUCUUUAUAAAAUUUUGUCUUUUCUUGGUUCAUCUUUCAGAAGUCAUAUUGAUCUCUUUUAUUCCUACUAGAGUUGCCAUAAUUCAAUUUUGACACAUCAAAAUAAAAGAUACCGUAAUUUGCUCAAAUUUAGGGCUACCGUCUUCAUUUUGAAAAAAUGUUCUGUAGCCCAUGUGUUGAUGCAAUUUAAGUAGAUGACUUUUUUAAUUUAUAGGGAAAAAAUACAAAAUUUGACUUGAGAAAAAUAUGCUGAAAAUAUUGAUGGAUAUGUUGCUUUUCAUGUUUAAUAAAAAUAUGUCCAUAAGA